AUGAUGGUAAAAGAUAAAAGAGAUAUAAGGCCUGCUUUAGUCAAAUUUGGGGUGGCUUUAGCGCUCUCUUUUGCUGGAUUUCUCCUUGCACGCUUGAAAAGCAACAGGAAUAAGUCUUCCCAGCCUCCUCACGCCCCACCCCCUUCUGAUGAUAGCAGUCAGAUUGAUGUCGGAGGGGAAAGAGCUUGCCACAAAGACGAUCUUCAAGUGACGAGUAGAACAUCGAGUUCUGGCAGUGUCACUUCAAUUUCAGCAGAAAGAUACGACGACUCAUACGGGCUCGAGGUUGCUGUUGAUAAUUCCAAGGUUUUGUCUCCAAGCAGUAGACACAGUGCGGAUAAAGAUGGGUACCUCGGGCAAGAGUUCAAUGACCUCAUGGAGGAAUUUGACCUUACUGCCAAUAAUUCUGGGGUAUCUCCUAAGAAAGAUGAAACACCCAGGUCAGAUGUGGACACUCCAAGAUGCUUCAAGUGUGCAGAAAAGGUCGAUUUUGAGCAAGAGAUCAGACAUCUGAAGAGCAUGGUUAGAAUGCUUCGAGAGAGGGAAAGGAACCUUGAGGUUCGAAUGCUUGAGUUUUAUGGCCUUAAAGAGCAAGAAACAGCUGUGAUGGAGUUGCAAAACCGUUUGAAAAUAAACAACAUGGAGGCUAAGUUAUUUACUCUGAAAAUUGAGUCCUUGCAGGCUGAUAACAGAAGACUGCAAACUCAAGUGGCUGAUCAUGAGAAAGUUGUUGCUGAGCUUGAUGCUGCCAGAUCAAAAAUCAAACUGCUGAAGAAAAAACUAAGGUCUGAAGCAGAGCAGAACAAAGAACAGAUACUGUCCCUUCAGAAGAGAGUUUCUAGGUUGCAAGAUCAGGAACUCAAGUCUGCUGCAACCGAUUCAGAUAUUAAAAUGAAGUUACAAAGGCUGAAGGAUUUGGAAACUGAGGCAGAAGAGUUAAGGAAGUCUAACUCUAGAUUGCAUCGAGAAAACUCUGAAUUGGCCUCUCAACUGGAGUCUACCCAAAUCCUUGCUAAUUCCGUUCUAGAGGAUCCAGAGACAGAAACAUUAAGGAAGCAGGGCAAUCGAUUAAGGCAGGAAAAUGAGGACUUGACGAAGGAAGUUGAGCAACUCCAAGCAGACCGGUGUAUUGAUGUUGAAGAAUUAGUCUAUCUCAGAUGGAUAAAUGCUUGCUUGCGGUAUGAAUUGCGCAAUUUUCAGCCUCCACAUGGUAAAACUGUUGCAAGAGACCUUAGUAAGUCUCUAAGCCCCAGGUCUGAGGAGAAAGCAAAACAGCUUAUACUUGAAUAUGCAAAUAGUGAAGGGAUGGCAGAGAAAGGGAUCAACAUAAUGGAGUUUGAACCUGAUCCUUGGUCAUCGUCCCAAGCCUUUUAUAUCACAGACUCGGGAGACUUUGAUGAUUCUCUAUCACAAAAAAGGAACAACACAAGCAAAACCAAGUUUUUCCACAAGCUUAGGAGACUUUUACUGGGAAAGGAGACUCAUCAUCACAGACAUGGAUCAUCAGGCGAUAGAACUGAAGUGACAGGAGAUUCUGAUUCUCCAAAUGGGAGUUUAAGUGUUUCAACACGAACUGACACCACAAGUGAUCUGCAAUUUACUAGAGGUCAAACCCCAUCCUUCUAUUCAUCCAGACACUCAUCCAGACAUUCUAUGGAUAUCCAAAGACUCAGGAGUCUGGAGAACAGUCGGAGAAACAGUGAGACAGGAUCCUCUCGAGGGUAUAGGAGAUUUUCAUCAGGUAGAACUAGCGAUUUGUCACUUGACAAUUUACUGGAUCAAGACUUGUAUUCUAUUGAGAAAUCCGAGUUGGUGAAAUUUGCUGAAGUUUUGAAGGACGCUGGAAGUAGAGCAGGAAGUGGCAAUAGGAUGAACAAGUUACACAGAAAAUCAGCAUCAAUCGGCUCAUUUGAGGCUCUCCAUCGAUCCUCUUCAGAAUAA